GUAGGGGGGCGCGGCCACCGCCUAGGCAUCCCGAGGAGCCAAAGGCGGCCACGUCCCGCACCCCUAGUGAAGAAGCCGCCCGGGUUUGCCCUCGGGGCCUCCAGACAUGUCCGAGGUGAAGAGCCGAAAGAAGCCGGGGCCCAAGGGAGCCCCCGCGGAAUCCGGAAAGCGGAGUGAGAGCGGGAAGAACCCCGAGGCCGGGGGCGGCGGAGGCGGGGGCUGGGCGGACCCCCGGACGGGCCUGAGCCUGCUGUCGCUGGGGACGUGCCUGGGCCUGGCCUGGUUUGUAUUUCAGCAGUCUGAAAAAUUUGCAAAAAUGGAAAACCGGUACCAGUUACUGAAAACAGAAACCAAUGAAUUCCAAGGACUUCAAAAUAAAAUCAGUUUAAUUUCAGAAAAGCUUGAGUCCACUGAAAGUAUCCUGCAGGAAGCUACAUCAUCCAUGUCUUUGAUGACCCAAUUUGAGCAGGAAGUAUCCAGCCUCCAAAGUAUCAUGCAUGACAUUCAAAAUAGUGAAGAGAUGGUCACUGUAAAGGUGCAAAACCUUAAUGAGAAAUUCCAGAAUAUUACAAAUUUCUGGAAGAGACACCUAGAAGAAAUAAAUGUUAAUACAGACAUUCUCAAAUCAGAAGCAAAACAUAUACAUUCUCAAGUUACUGUCCAAAUUAACUCAGCUGAGCAAGAAAUAAAACUGCUCACUGAACGGUUAAAAGAUUUGGAAGAUAGCACCCUAAGAAAUAUCAGAACAGUAAAAAGACAAGAAGAAGAAGAUCUUCUGCGAGUGGAGGAACAGCUUGGCUCUGAUACAAAAGCAGUUGAAAAGUUAGAAGAGGAGCAGCAUGCUCUUUUUGCCAGAGAUGAAGACCUGACUAAUAAACUUUCCAACUACGAACCCAAAGUUGAAGAAUGCAAGACACACUUGCCAACAAUUGAAAGUGCUAUUCGCUCUGUUCUCAGAGUCUCUCAGGAUCUGAUAGGAACAGAAAAGAAAAUGGAAGGCUUGACUAUGCAGAUGUUUAAUAUGGAAGAUGAUAUGCUGAAAGCUGUAUCUGAAAUAAUGGAGAUGCAGAAAACUCUUGAAGGAAUUCAGUAUGAUAAUAGCAUAUUAAAGAUGCAAAAUGAACUGGAUGUUCUCAAAGGAAAAGUUCAGGAUUUUAUAGCAUAUUCAAAUACAAGAGAAAAGGGAACUUUAGAAGAAUUUAACCUAGAAAAUAAAGGAGUUGACAGUGAUUUUUAAAUUUACUACAUUUAUUCUGAUGAACCACAUUGUUAUAUGUAAAUUAAUUAGUUUCAUAUUUUUGAGUUACUUUGGUAUGCCUCACUUGAUCCUCCAUUAUUACAGAUAACUAUCAUGGCUUGUCCUCACAAGUGGAUUAUCCAUGUAAUCAAAUUUAUCUUUAUUUUAUUUUAUUCUUAUGUUUUUGCCAUAGGGCACAUGCACUCACCGGAGAGAGGCAGUGAGAGGG